CUAGUUGGAACCGGCGCCUUUGACUGAAAAAAACCAGAGCCCGUAUACAGAUGUUCGAGCGGAAUCUCUUCAACAAACUGCCGAGGAAAAGAAAUAGCGAAAUGGGAGACGAAGAAGAAGAAGAAGAUCGUACUCAGAAGCAGAAGAGCUCAUUCGUGAUAAAAAUACCGUCUUACGAAGAAGUAAUCGAGAGCUCUCAAUCCAAAAUAGCACCGUCUCUCUUCAACCCAUCACCUUCAUUCUCUCAAGCCUUCAAUUUCAUCAAGAACUCGGAGUUCUACACUCCUCCUCCUCCGCCGCCAGCCCCAUCCUCCUCCUCUUCGCAACCCACACAGACCACUGCUUCAACGCAAAUUGGACAAUCGGAGGUUCUGCCUUCAUCAACGUCGUCGUUUUCAGCUCACUCUGUUACUUCUACAUCGUCUGGGCAAACUGCCCCAAGUCGCAAUGCAAUUCUUGUAAGCCAUAGACAGAAGGGAAAUCCUUUGCUAAAACAUAUAAGGAACGUGAGAUGGGCUUUUGCAGAUGUUAUAUGUGAUUACAUGUUGGGCCAGAAUUCCUGUGCUCUUUAUCUCAGUCUUCGGUAUCAUCUGCUUCAUCCAGACUACCUGUAUUACCGAAUAAGGGAAUUGCAGAAAAACUUCAAGCUUCGUGUUGUUUUGUGCCAUGUUGAUGUUGAAGAUGUAAUUAAGCCUUUACUUGAAGUCACAAAAACAGCUCUGCUUCAUGAUUGUACACUUUUAUGUGGCUGGAGCUUGGAAGAAUGUGGUCGGUACUUGGAGACAAUAAAAGUUUAUGAAAACAAGCCUGCAGACCUUAUUCAGGGCCAGAUGGAUGCAGACUAUCUAUCGCGGCUAACUCAUGCUCUUACCUCAGUUCGACAUGUUAACAAGACUGAUGUGGUCACUCUUGGUUCUACCUUUGGGUCCCUUUCUUCUACCAUGGAUGCAUCCAUGGAGGAUCUAGGCCGUUGCCCGGGCAUAGGAGAGCGCAAGGUAAGACGCUUGUACGACACUUUUCAUGAACCAUUCAAGCGUGUAAUUCAGAACCGCCCACCUGUUCCUGAAACUCCUGUCCAAAACAAUUUGGAGACUUUCCCAGUGAGUAAAGAAAAAGAAGACGAGCAGAAAGUGGAGGAUGAAAGGAAACGUAGGAAGAAAGAACCAGAAUUAACUGUUGAAUCAGCUUUAUCAGCUGCUUUUGCAAAGUAUGGAGGUAAAGUUGGUAGAAAGAACAAUAAAUUGCAGCCGAAGAAGGGAGGAGAAGAAAGUGAUACUGCUGAAAACACAUAAAAUAUGAACUUCAGUGAGGAUGCUCCAAGUUGAUGUAAAAUUCUAACUUAAACCAUACUAUAGGCAGUACUUCGAAGACUUGAGCACUUGGAUGCAAUUGGAAUACUUGAGCAAAAUUUGUUUAUGCUUUGGGGUUGCUAAUGGAGGGUGGACGAGCUGUUACGGUCUUUACUAAAGCACAUGGAAGAGGUGCUUUGUUCUAGGUCCGGCUUUUCUUUUAUUUUGUACACUAACUAAUUUUAUUGCAGUAUAUUUCGUAACUUGUAAAAAUAUGUCAGUGGGAAUGGAAGCCACAUUGUAGCUCUUCACUUGUUCCGGCCGACAAAGUAAAAACAAUAAUUUUAUUUGAAUCUGA